AUUUUGUGCAAAUCUUAAUCAAAAUUGGAAUCUUCGGUCUAUUUUGAUGCGUUAUGUGACGUUGGUAAUUACAUUAAUGGCAUAACCAAAUGCCCGACCUAAAAAUAUCCCGUAUAUAUAUCCGUAUAUAUUGAUUGAAUGGAAAAUAUUGGUAAUCACGACACAAGUGCAAAAUGAACAGGCCAAGAAUAGACAUCCACAUGAGGACGUUUGUUAUGUACCGACUGGUUGCUGGUGAGAUUCUAAUAGCGUGGCAAAAAUACACGGCUUGUGAUCCGGACGAGAUCAAUCUUCAGGAGGGAGAUGUGGUCGAAUUGUUGGACACAAACGAUCCUGUUUCAGCAAAAAAAAAGGUGAAAUUGGAUCCCGAUUUGGACGCUGUUUCCGGUGAAUUAUUGGAUACAGCAGCUGCACGUCACAAACUCUCGGUGAAGCCGAGAAGACGACACGCCAGUUCGAGACAUUCCCCAACUAGGUUAAAUAUUAAUUCGAGAUGGCUGGUACGAGUCGUGGAUAGCAAGAAACAAGGGUGGGUUCCGUGCAGGAUUCUGCAAACUGCAGACGAUCCUGUCCCAGGGACGGGGCUUCCAGGGGAUGCUGCUUUUAGAAGAAUGGCAGUUGUGAAGGAGUUGGUGGAGACCGAGCAAGAGUUUGUGAAAGAUUUAGACCUGGUGGUCAAAAAUUACCUGAGCAUGGAAACUGGAAAAGUACCAAAAGUAGUACGAGACAAUUUCGAGACAAUUUUUGGAAACCUGACGGAAAUAGCGGAAUUCCACAGAACCGUUUUGAUGGAAGGCGUGAAAUAUUACGCGAACGAACCGUUGCUGUUGGGAAAGACGUUUUUACGUUUGGAACGAGAUUUCGACAAGCACGUCAGUUAUUGCAGGGACGAACCGGCUGCCCAAGAAUUUCUGGAUACGAACGAUGAAGCCAACGAUUAUUUCGAGGUGAUGUUUCCCUUGCAUUUGUUCAAUCGAUCGAUGAAUCAUAAAUUUAUAGUUUGACAUUGAUUUUAUUUGUCUCUGCAUUUUUAUUUACCCAUUAAUGAAUAUUUUGGCAAUGUUCAAAGUGGUUUUAAUUUAUCGAUUGUUGAUUUGUGUUUGCUUUUUAGAUAACUAACAAUUCUAUUUUCUGUGUGAUGUAUUCUUUAUGUAUAUUAUAUGUUGUUGAAUGGUAA